GUCAUCUUCUUCCAUUGCUGCGGUUCCUCUCUAAUGGCAGCUUCUCUUCUCCAACUACCGAUUCCUCGAAACCCUAAGCUCAAAUCUCAAUGCAUCGUCCCUCGAUUCUGGACUCCUUCUGUCCUGCUUCCGUUCCAUCGUCGGCGGCGCCAUGUCGCAUUUACUCCCCUCGCUCGCGCUGUGGAGAUUGGCGUGCCCGCCGGAGAACCAAAACAACAGAAUUCUCCCCCGUCGCCUUUGCUUCUCGAGGUGUCAGGUAUGAUGUGCGGCGCCUGCGCCGUCCGUGUCAAGACCAUCUUGUCUGCGGAUCCGCGUGUUGAGUCCGCCGUCGUCAACAUGGUGACGGAAACCUCCGCUGUGAAGCUGAAGCCUGGGGUUUUGGAUGGUGUGGAUGUUGUUGGAGUGGCGGAGGAGCUGGCUGGGAGGCUCACGGAGAUGGGGUUCCCGGCGAAGAGGAGGGGGAUGGGGAAUGGGGUUGGGGAGAGCGUGAAGAAGUGGAGGGAGAUGAAGGCGAGGAAGGAGGAGUUGCUAGUGAAGAGCCGGAACAAGCUUGCGUUUGCCUGGACGCUGGUGGCGCUGUGUUGUGGGGCUCAUGCUUCGCAUCUCUUGCAUUCCGUUGGGAUUCACGUCGGUCAUGGGUCUUUAUGGGAGAUAUUGCAGAACCCAUAUUUUAAAGGUGGAGUUGCUAUGUUAUCGUUACUUGGACCUGGUAGAGAUUUGCUGAUAGAUGGUCUUCGAGCAUUCGUGAAGAGGUCACCAAAUAUGAACUCUCUUGUGGGAUUUGGAUCAAUUGCUGCAUUCCUGAUUAGUGCAGUUUCACUUUUGAACCCUGAGCUUCAGUGGGAAGAAACAUUUUUUGAUGAGCCGGUCAUGCUUCUUGGUUUUGUUCUUCUGGGGCGUGCUCUUGAAGAAAGGGCUAGGCUUAAAGCAUCUAGUGAUAUGAAUGAGCUCCUGUCGUUGGUAUCUUCUCAAGCAAGAUUAGUGAUUAGUUCAUCAGAUAAUAGUCCUUCAGCUGAUAGUGUGUUGAAUGCCGAUGCAAUUACUAUAGAAGUCCCUACUGAUGACAUCCGAGUUGGAGACUCAGUCAUGGUUUUGCCUGGGGAAACUAUUCCUGUUGAUGGUAAGGUUCUUGCAGGGAGAAGUGUUGUUGAUGAAUCAAUGCUCACUGGGGAGUCUCUUCCAGUUUUCAAGGAAAGAGGUCUGCUUGUUUCUGCAGGAACAAUAAACUGGGAUGGUCCUUUGAGAAUUGAGGCCUCCACAACUGGUGCUAUGUCAACAAUCGCUAAAAUUAUUCGCAUGGUUGAGGAUGCACAAGGACAUGAAGCGCCUGUUCAAAGGCUUGCAGAUUCUAUUGCAGGUCCUUUUGUAUACAGUGUGAUGUCGUUAUCAGCAGCAACAUUUGCCUUUUGGUAUUAUAUUGGUGUGAAUAUCUUUCCGGAGGUGUUGCUCAAUGGCAUUGCAGGACCUGAUGGAAACUCAUUGCUCUUAAGCUUAAAACUUUCCGUUGAUGUACUGGUUGUUUCCUGUCCUUGUGCUUUGGGGCUUGCUACUCCCACUGCUAUCUUAGUUGGCACCUCCCUUGGGGCUAAGCAAGGACUUCUCAUAAGAGGGGGAGAUGUAUUGGAACGACUAGCGCAGAUUGAUCUUGUGGCACUAGACAAAACAGGGACCCUAACUGAAGGAAAACCUGCAGUUACCGGUGUUGCUUCAUUGGCUUAUGAAGAAUCUGAAAUUAUUCGCCUUUCUGCUGCGGUGGAGAAAACAGCAUCUCAUCCAAUUGCAAAGGCCAUUCUACAUGAAGCAGAGCUGAUGCAUUUAGAACUCCCUCCCACAAGAGGGCAAUUGACAGAACCAGGUUUUGGUUGCUUAGCAGAAGUAGAUGGAUCUUUGGUUGCAGUUGGUACGAAGCACUGGGUUCAUGAACGUUUUCAGCAAAAAAUCACUCAAUCUGAAUUGUCAAAUCUAGAAGAUCAUUUGGCAUUCUUGUUUCCCGACCAGCUAUCUUCAUCAAACCAUUUGAAGUCUGUUGUUUAUGUUGGGCGUGAAGGAGAUGGAAUAAUUGGUGCAAUAGUACUAUCUGAUCCUUUACGGCAUGAUGCGCUGUCUACUGUACACAGGCUUCAGGAGAAGGGAAUCGAAACAUUCCUUUUAUCAGGUGACCGUGAAGAGGCAGUAGCAAGUGUUGGUAAAAUGGUUGGAAUUCCAAAGCAUAAUAUCAGUGCCUCUUUAACUCCACAGCAUAAAUCGGGUGCCAUAUCAAGUUUAAAAGCCAAGGGUCACCAUGUUGCAAUGGUUGGUGAUGGUAUAAAUGAUGCACCUUCCCUGGCACUUGCUGAUGUUGGAAUUGCUUUACAAAUUGAUGCAAAAGAGAAUGCUGCAUCAGAUGCAGCUUCUGUUAUUCUUUUGGGCAACAAACUAUCACAGAUAGUUGAUGCUCUAGGCCUUGCUCAAGCAACAAUUGCCAAAGUUCAUCAGAAUCUGGCUUGGGCAAUAGCAUACAAUCUAGUGGCCAUCCCAAUUGCUGCUGGGAUACUACUUCCACAAUUUGAUUUUGCCAUGACACCAUCGCUUUCAGGUGGAUUGAUGGCCUUGAGCUCUGUCUUUGUUGUUACCAAUUCUUUGCUCUUACAGAGGCAGGGGCCUUUGAUGAAGGAAGAGAAUUGACUUGUUGUAUUCUCUACAAAGGUCUUUUUAAUACUUGUGUUCCAUUACCGCAUAUUUCUGUGUUUUUCAUUAAAUGCUUUUAAUUGUUAUACUAUAUUAUUCUUCUUCCCAGUUCCUAUAUUUGCAGAACUAUAUUCAAUAA